UCGCGCGCAAAUCGCAAUCUUCAGCUUGCCCUGGUCGCCAGGCGGGGAGGGGAGUCAUCUCGAGAAUUCUGGCCACCCCAGGAGGCUACGGGGUACUAUCUCUUUUUUUGUCUAGGCGACCAGGCGAGCAACGAGCCCACUGCGAUUGCUACGGCUUCAAACACAUUGUUCAGCAAAGGUGGUGCUUUUUUGCCCUCGCUGAUGAGAUCGGCCAUGCUCCUUAAUCUGACCGACGUUGUACGGAUGCAAGCUCGCACAUCGCUUGCGGGAAGGCCCGCCGUCUGCUUACUCCGGACAGCGAAGGGCGGGACAUGGCCUGCCACGAGCAGCGAUAGUUGGGCAGUCACAUCACAAUCAAGCCAUCGGACGGCUCUCUGGCCAGCCUUGGUUGCACAUCGAACGGGACCGACAUUGCGAUGCACGUCUUGUCUGCGCUUCACUCCGUACCGUCUCCUUGGUGUCUUUGGGAAAUGUGCGCACCUCGAUUCAUGA